AUGGACGCCGCAGGUGCAGCCGCUUCCUCUCAGGCCCAGGCGCGCCCUCGCAAGCGCCCUCGCACGACGCGCGUUUCGGAAGCCGGAAAUACUGCUGCCACGGCUCCAGGCCCGCUUGGCCCCGUCGCACAAGCCGCACAGGGCUGGGGUCCCGCCACCGUCGCGACCAGUCAUCAUGGCCAGGCCGUGCGCGCUUCGGUCGACACCGUGCAUCCUCACGCACCUCAACAGCCUACCUUCUCGCAGCAGCUCGAUGCUCGAUCCCACCAGGUUGCCGAGCCCGACUCAUUGAUGAACGGCUACAGCGCCCCGCAGCAUACCCAGUACCCGGACUCGCAAUCCACGCUUGCCCAAGCCUCGCAGCCCGACACCUCGGGCUUGACCAGUUUGAGCGCCCUUGCCGGCGACCACCAUCAACAACACCAGCACGCCGGCCACGGUCCGCCGCACCAUCAGGUCCAGCAUCAACAACCAACACAUCCACACCAACAGCACCAGCAACAGCAACGCGCCGCCGCUGCCUCAGCUGCCAGUAAGCAAGACUCCCGAGUCCUGUUCCAGCAACAGCAGCAGUACGGCGCGGCCCAUCCCUCCGAGGCGUCUUCCGCCGCCGCCGUGGCGAGCUCCUCAUCUGCGGCCGGCUACAACCUGUCGGCCUGGACCGUGAAUACGACCACGUCGAGUCCCGCUCCCCCACAGCCCGCGCCCGCGCCAGCUCCGGCGCCAUCCUCUAUGCCUCCUCAGUCGCCCGCCCUGGGCUCGACCACCACUACAACGGCGGGCCUGGCGCCGCCCCCCGAGGGUAUUUACCGCUCGUUCGAGGACCUGCUUGCCUCUGUUCAGCGCACAGCGAAGGAGCAAGGUUAUGGCAUCGUGAAGCUUCGUGCUAGCAACUAUCGUGACGGCAAGCCGACGCGUUAUGACCUGGUUUGUGACCGUGGUGGUGUCAAGUACAGCAGCACGGCGAAGAAACGGAACCCGAGUACGCGCAAAGUCGACUGCCCGUGGCGCGCAAAAGCUGUGUGUGAAGUUAGUCUUGGACACCAGUGGCGUUUUGCGGUGCAGGAAGCCCGCCAUAAUCACGAGGCCCGUAUCCCCGCCGCCGUACCCGGUCAAGAAAACACGCCUGUUGCCCAGAGCAUCCGGAGUCUUACUAACAAAGUGGACCGUAUGGCUCAUGAGGUUCAGCAAGGCUUCACUCGGAUCGAGCAAAUGCUCGUGGCGCGUCUGGAAAACAUCGAGAAGCGUCUUGAGGCUCUUGAGAGCGGUCGCUCUGCCGCUGCUGCUGCGGCCGGCAUGCUCGGCGGUCCCGGUAAUGCAGUUCCCCAGAUGGGCGGUCCUCCCAGCAUGCCGCCCGCCAAUAUGGGCGGUGCCAGCAGCUUAGGCAACGGCUCCCUCGCCAAUGGCGGCAUGCAGCCGCUUGUUGAUAGUCGUCUGAGCGGCGUUGAAAGCCGUCUGUCGCAGAUGGAGCCCCGCAGCCUGGACGGUUUGCAGAUGAUGGAUGACGACGCCGGCCGGCUGUCGAUGAUGGUUAACUCUUAG